AUGUCGAGGUACAAGCGAGCCAAUACUGGGUCCAGGAGUCGGUUUCGCUCCAAUAUUGUACUUGCCAGGCGAUUUCUCAAGAGGUCCCUGAGUGCUGACAGCGCUAAUCGUCGGAAUACUAAUGGGAUUGGAACGGAAUAUCCAAAUCAUGCAAUCGCGUGUCUAGUCGUUGCUAGCGACCUCUUCCUCGCCCUCAAUCCCCCUCUCUCGCUCCUGCUGCUGUUGCUCAUCCUCAUCUUCCUCCUCCUCCUCCUCAUCGUCGUCAUCUUCUCCGUCGCCGGCGCCACUUCUGGCCGCCGCCGCCUGCGACGGCAUCACGGGCUCCUCUUCCUCCUCCUCCUCUCUCUCAUCCUCGUCCACGUCCGCGUCAUAGUAGGAACUCACCACUGGGAAUGCGCGUCGAACGUGGCCGAGGAAUUGUUGGAACGCGGCGUCGUGUUCGCUGUCGUCGUCUGGCAAAUAGGUGCGACGCCAGGCAAACUGGGCCGAGUAGAUGGCCAGGAGUUGGAGCGGUGUCGAGACUGCUCGUUGGGUCGCAGUGCCCAACUGUUGGCCCAGGAACUCGAGCAUGUCGUCGGCGGUGUCGAGGUGGAUCCCUUCGCCGGUGGUUUUGUCGCGGGGGCGGCCGGCGUCGGGCACGUGGAACACGAUGUUUCGCAAACUGUCCCGUUCAAUGGCCACAACAACCGCGUAGUUUUUGAAAAUCUCAUUUUUCUUGGCGAUCUUGAAUUCCACGACCUUGUUGGGCCCGCCGAUGCGGUAAUGUGGACACGCGAUCGUGAGUCUGUGCGAUCUGUAAUGGUCUCUAUCCGCGAUGAUGGAGUCGCUGAAGCACAACUGCAAAGAACGAACCUUGAUAUCUACCCCAGCGGCCCAGUGGUGCAUAAUUCCAAUCGCCUUCCAAACGUCGAUAUCGAGCGGGUCGAACCAGGAACAGUCGAGGAACUGAACCCGGGCCAUGCAACUGGGGCACGUGAUCCUUCCGUCGAAGCUAACCUGGUCAUCCGCCGAAAACUCGGGAUUGACGCUCUGGUAACACAGGGGGCAAUCCUUCCUCAGGAGUCCCCGGCCCUGAGACCACUUGAGAGCCCUCAUCGGACGUGGAAAACUGCUCCGAGCACUCGAGCAUUUGGGGACAGUGGGACUUUGGACCCGGUUCGUUGCUUCGUUCCUGUCGAGUCUUUGGCGUCUGCCACUGAGCUCCAAAGCAAGGCCGUGCCUUCGAGUGGAUCGUCGUAUUAUAAUUCCGAGUGGAAAUCCAGCGAAAUGCGUCUUAUGAUUCUCUUGCCCCAUGCUGACCCGUUCGUGGAGAAGACAGAACUGGAAGCACUCGUGCCUUAUAAGGACGAGGGAGACAUUUCGAAUUCCAACGGGGUUCUUUGCUCGUGA